CCUUCAUCCCUCCAAUCCUCAUCUGUUCCUCACAGGAGCAGUGGAGAGAGUGAGUGACGGAGGAAUAUCCCGCUGUGUGUGAUACCAAAAGUGAAUGAGCGGGAGAAAGUGCAGUAACAGGCGGGUUGAACUUAUGACAACGACCAGAGGGAGACCGCUGGAGGAAGAGUGAGUAAAGAUCUACCAAAUCACAUUGAGAGGAGUCUCCUGCUUGGAUUAUCUGCUUUCCUGCCAUCACACCCUGUCUCCAUCGGUGACAGUGCCUAACAACCAUCGCCAUGGGUGAAAUGGAGCAAUUGCGAAAGGAGGCAGACAAUCUCAAAGACCAGAUCACUGCAGCUCGUAAGGCGGUGCAGGACACCACGCUGCAAGAAGCCGCAGCCGGGAUCAAUGUGGUGGGGCGGGUCCAGCUGAAGACCAGGAAAACACUAAGGGGUCACCUUGCAAAGAUCUACGCCAUGCACUGGGGCACUGACUCCACGCUGUGUGUCAGCGCCUCACAAGAUGGAAAACUCAUCGUGUGGGACAGCAUCACGACCAACAAGGUGAAUGCCAUCCCUCUCAAGUCAUCGUGGGUGAUGACUUGUGCCUACGCACCCUCGGGGAACCUAGUGGCUUGUGGUGGUCUGGACAACAUGUGCUCCAUCUACAACCUCAAGGGCAAGGAUGGGAACGUCAAGGUCAUGCGCGAGUUGGCGGCACACACAGGUUACCUGUCCUGCUGUCGUUUCCUCAGUGACAGUGAGAUCAUCACCAGCUCUGGAGACUGCACUUGCGUACUAUGGGACAUCGAGACAGGGACCCAGAAGACCGUCUUUGCAGGACACCAGGGAGACUGCAUGUCCCUGGCCGUGUCCCCAGACUUCAAGUUUUUCAUCUCGGGGGCGUGUGACUUCACGGCCAAGCUGUGGGACAUCAGGGAGGCCACAUGCAGACAGACUUUUGGAGGCCACGAGAGUGACAUCAACGCAAUCGGGUUCUUUCCUAAUGGGAACGCAGUGAUAACAGGGUCGGAUGACGCCACCUGUAAGCUGUAUGACCUGCGAGCCGACCAGGACCUCAUUACCUACCAGGACUCCAGCAUCAUGUGCGGGGUGACCUCCCUGGCCCCCUCCCUGUCUGGACGCCUGUUGCUGGCUGGCUAUGACGACUUCAACGUCAACAUCUGGGACACACUUAAAUCUGAGAGAGUGGGAGUGCUGGCUGGUCACGACAACAGAGUGAGCUGUAUCGGAGUGUCCUCAGACGGGAUGGCGUGUUGCACAGGAUCCUGGGACAGCUUCCUCAAGAUAUGGAACUGAGGCUGCUCCUUACCAGUGAGCACAGAGAGAGAGAGUAUCUGCCUGGGAGAAAGUGAAGAAGAUAAAAAAAAAAAAAGAAA